GCGCGGGCAUGGCCGCGCGUGGCCGGCGCGCCUGGCUCAGCGUGCUGCUCGGGCUCGUGCUGGGCUUCGUGCUGGCCUCGCGGCUCGUGCUGCCCCGCGCCUCCGAGCUGAAGCGAGCGGGCCCGCGGCGCCGCGCCAGCCUCGAGGGCUGCCGGCCGGGCCAGGCGGCCGCGGCUUCUUCCCAAGCCGGCGGGGCGCGCGGCGAUGCUCGCGGGGAGCAUCCUUGGCAGCGCGGCCCGGCCCCAGACGGCGGCCAGCGCGACAGGAACUUUCUCUUCGUGGGAGUCAUGACCGCCCAGAAAUACCUGCAGACCCGCGCCGUGGCCGCUUACAGAACAUGGUCCAAGACAAUUCCCGGGAAGGUCGAAUUCUUCUCUAGUGAGGGCUCGGACACAGCGAUCCCAAUUCCCAUAGUGCCACUGCGGGGUGUCGAUGACUCCUACCCACCCCAGAAGAAGUCUUUCAUGAUGCUCAAGUUCAUGCAUGACCACUACUUGGACAAGUACGAAUGGUUUAUGAGAGCAGACGACGAUGUUUACAUCAAAGGAGAUCGUCUGGAGAAUUUUCUGAGGAGUUUGAAUAGCAGUGAACCCCUCUUUCUUGGGCAGACAGGACUGGGCACCACAGGAGAAAUGGGAAAACUGGCCCUGGAGCCCGGCGAGAACUUCUGCAUGGGGGGGCCCGGGGUGAUCAUGAGCCGGGAGGUUCUGCGGAGGAUGGUGCCACACAUUGGAAAGUGCCUCCGGGAGAUGUACACCACCCACGAGGACGUCGAAGUGGGGAGAUGCGUGCGGAGGUUUGCGGGGGUCCAGUGCGUCUGGUCUUAUGAGAUGCAGCAGCUUUUUUAUGAGAAUUAUGAACAGAACAAAAAGGGGUACAUUAGAGAUCUCCAUAACAGUAAGAUCCACCGAGCCAUCACACUGCACCCCAACAAAAACCCUCCCUACCAGUACCGGCUCCACAGCUACAUGCUCAGCCGCAAGAUCGCCGAGCUUCGCCACCGCACCAUUCAGCUGCACCGAGAGAUUGUCCUGAUGAGCAGGUACAGCAACACCGAGAUCCAUAAAGAAGACCUGCAGCUGGGGAUCCCCCCUUCCUUCAUGCGGUUCCAGCCCCGCCAGCGGGAGGAGAUUCUGGAAUGGGAGUUUCUGACCGGGAAGUAUUUGUAUUCGGCUGCUGAUGGCCAGCCCCCUCGAAGAGGGAUGGACUCUGCCCAGAGGGAAGCCUUGGAUGACAUUGUCAUGCAGGUCAUGGAGAUGAUCAACGCCAACGCCAAGACCCGGGGCCGCAUCAUCGACUUCAAGGAGAUACAGUACGGCUACCGCCGCGUGAACCCCAUGUACGGCGCCGAGUACAUCCUGGACCUGCUGCUCCUGUACAAGAGGCACAAAGGGAAGAAGAUGACGGUGCCUGUGCGGAGGCACGCGUACUUGCAGCAGACCUUCAGCAGGAUCCAGUUCGUGGAGCACGAGGAGCUGGAUGCAAAGGAAUUGGCCAACAAGAUUAAUCAAGAAUCCGGAUCCUUGUCCUUCCUCUCAAAUUCCCUAAAGAAGCUUGUUCCCUUUCAGCUCCCCGGGUCAAAGAGCGAGUAUAAAGAACCCAAAGAGAAAAAGAUAAACAUACUGAUUCCUUUGUCUGGACGUUUUGAUAUGUUUGUGAGAUUUAUGGGAAACUUCGAGAAGACAUGUCUCAUUCCAAAUCAGAACGUCAAGCUCGUCGUUCUGCUUUUUAACUCUGACUCCAACCCUGACAAGGCCAAGCAAGUCGAACUCAUGAGGGAUUAUCGCGUUAAGUACCCGAAAGCUGACAUGCAGAUUUUGCCAGUGUCUGGAGAGUUCUCAAGAGCUCUGGCCCUUGAAGUAGGAUCUUCCCAGUUUAAUAAUGACUCUUUGCUCUUCUUCUGUGAUGUCGACCUCGUGUUUACUACAGAAUUCCUUCAGCGAUGUCGAGCAAAUACCGUUCUGGGCCAACAAAUAUAUUUUCCAAUCAUCUUCAGCCAGUACGAUCCAAAGAUUGUUUAUAGUGGGAAAGUUCCCAGUGACAACCAUUUUGCCUUUACUCAGAAAACUGGCUUCUGGAGAAACUAUGGGUUUGGCAUUACUUGCAUUUAUAAGGGAGAUCUUGUCCGCGUAGGAGGCUUCGAUGUUUCCAUCCAGGGAUGGGGGCUCGAGGACGUGGACCUUUUCAACAAGGUGGUCCAGGCAGGUUUGAAGACAUUUAGAAGCCAAGAAGUAGGAGUAGUCCACGUCCACCACCCUGUCUUUUGCGAUCCCAAUCUUGAUCCCAAACAGUACAAAAUGUGCUUGGGGUCCAAAGCAUCAACGUAUGGGUCCACACAGCAGCUGGCUGAAAUGUGGCUAGAGAAAAACGACCCAGGUUACAGUAAAAGCAGCAAUAAUAACGGCUCAGUGAGGACAGCCUGAUGUCCAGCUCUGCUGGAAAAAGACAUUUUUAAUUAUCUAAUUUAUUUUUCAGAAAUUUUUUGUAUGCUCAGUUUUUGAAGUCCAUAUGAGGAUAUAUUUUACACGUGAUUUUUCUUACAAAGGACUCUUUGGAGAUUGAGCUUUUUGAACAAAAAUGUGAUCAUGUUUGCCUUUGAACACAUUUCUUCGCUGGACCUUAUGUAGCAGACCUGCUUAAUUAUAACUUGAAAUGUACCUGAUGGACACUUUUAAACAGUUCCUUUUCAGACUCCUUUGCUACAGUCCUAUGGCAGAAAACAUGAACUUUCCUGCAAAGUAUUAUUGUAACAAGACACUGUAACUGUGGUAAAUGUUUUCUAGUAACUGUUAACUUUGCACAGAUUCUACCUUUUGGGUUUUGUUUUUUUUUUUUUUUUAACCAUGAUUUUGUUUUAAAGCCAUUUUGUGUUUCCUUAGUAAAAGAGAUGUGACAGUCGCUGUAUCAUCACCUUCAGGAGAGCUUUCCAAAGUUGAUUCUUCCCCCCAAACUUGUGCUCGUGUGGUCUCACAGGGUUUAAAAGGCAGGAGAAGCAGAGAGCGCACAGUAGGAACCAUGGCUGUUACUCUUGUAGUCCGUGUCGCCUGCAUGGACCUGGCAUUAAAUUUCAGGGAGGAUUGGGCAUUUUCUGUCUUCCUGAUCCUUCUCUUUAAAAGGUAAAAUGUUAAUAUUUAGAAUGAAAACAUUGGGGGAAAAAUAUAUCUUGUUUUGGUUACUUCAUCCUGUCCUGCACUAUGUUUGUGGAGAUAGGCCUUCCGUUCUUUAAUUACUGUUUUGUUUUAUCCUUUGUGUCUGAAAUACCUUUAAUUUAUUUAAUAUCCAUUGUUUAGAACGCUGCCAUUUCUCGAGUACCUAUCAGUUACUAGUAUUUAUGUGUAUCAGGAGUGUGUUUAGUAUGUUUUAUUUGCAGUCAACUGAUCUCCAAAGAUUUCCUUUUGAAAAUGCUUCCCCCCCCCUCCUUAAUUUUUACAUUCCUCACUGUUUUACUAAAUAUUAAGUGUUCUUUGACAAUUUUGGUGCUCACAUGUUUUGGGGACAACAGUGAAAUGAAUCUGUUCAUUACACCAGAAAGUUUGUUUGUUUUAAACUCACGUAUCAAAUGUGCCUUAAUAAAUUUCUUUUUCAUUUAGAUUUCCAACAGGAAUAGACUUGCCAUUUUAAUACACACCAGUGGAGAUCUGCUUAUUUGUAAAUAGCCUAUUGCUCAUUUGGAAAAAUAAACCAGUGAACAAUAUUUUUCUAUUGUA